AGAAAAAAAUUUGUUUGCAUAAAAUAGAGAAAGUUUAGAUUCCUACGGUUCUCUUUAUUCUAUGCACUAUUCUAUGCAUCAAUUAUGGUUCUAUUAUAAAUUUACGAGAACCACACUCAAUUUUUCAUCCUCAGCAAUCCCCUAGCAUCAUACAUACACACCUCUUGCAUCAACUCUUCAAUGGCAACCAACCACAAAAUGCCCUUCAUGCUUGAUAAGAAAGAAAUUGUACUCAUUAAACCCUCAAGUCCUACUCCUUCACAUGUUCUUUCCCUCUCCACCAUAGACAAUACUAACCACCUUGAAGUUCUUUGUCAAACCAUGCAUGUCUAUCAAGCAAACAUCAAAUACCCAAAUGGCAAUAAUAAUCAUGAGUCGAUUUUGAGUAGCCAUUCUGACCCAGCUUGUGUGAUCAAAGAAGCCCUCUCUAGGGUUUUGGUUCAUUACUAUCCCUUGGCUGGGAAGCUCAAAAGGCACAGUGAUGGAAAGCUUCGAAUCAACUGUAAUGCCGAUGGCGUGCCUUUUUUAGAGGCAACCGCCACGUGCGAUCUCUCUUCCCUUCACUAUUUUGAUGGGGUUGAUGUUGAAACUGCCAAACAUUUUGUCACUGACUUUCCAACUAGGCCCGAUGAUGAAGGUUACCACCCGCUAGUCAUACAAGUGACUAAGUUUUCGUGUGGCGGUUUCACAAUUGGAAUGGGCUUAUCACACUCAGUUUGUGAUGGGUUUGGUGCAGCCCAGUUCUUUCGAGCCUUGGCUGAGCUAGCUAGUGGAAAAGGCGAGCCAUCGGUGAAACCGGUAUGGGAGAGAGAAAGAUUGUUAGGGAGUCCUAACAAUGGUCUAAUCCAAUUUCUUGUCGACCAGGCCUCCUGCGCAAACUCACCAUAUUUUCCAGUCACUGAUACGAUACAUGAAUGCUUCAAUGUCAAAAGUGAGAGCUUAACAAGACUAAAAAAUAAUUUGAUGAAAGCAUCGGAUGACAACAAUAGUUUCACCGUUGUUGAGGCACUUGGUGCCUACAUAUGGAGGUCUAGGGUUAGGGCUUUAGAGCUAAACCCAGAUGGAAAAACCGUCUUUUUCUUAGCUUUGGGGAUUAGAAAGCUUUUGAAUCCACCAUUGCCUGAUGGGUAUUAUGGGAAUGCUUUUGUGUCCUCAAUCGUCGUGUUGAAUGGAAGGGACUUAGACGAAGGACCGCUUUCCAAAGUUGCAUCGUUGAUCAGAGAGAGCAAGGAAAUUGCUUCAAACAAUGAAUACAUCUUGAAGGAACUCAAUCUAUUAGAGACUAUAAGAGAACUGAAGAUUGAAACAGAUAAUAAGAGUGGUGCAGCAACGGUGUUAACGGAUUGGAGGAGGUUGAAUCUGAUGGGAGAAGUAGAUUUUGGGUGGAAAGGGGCUGUGAAUAUUAUACCGUUGCCUUGGAACAUUGAUGGGUAUGUGGAUUUGAAUUUGCUUUUGCCUCCUUUCAGCUUGGAUGAUACAAUGGAAGGUGGGGUUAGGGUUUUUGUUGCGCUUCCUAGAGCUGCCAUGGCUAAAUUCAAGGAAGAAAUGAGUGCUCUUGAGCUUGGAGAUGGCCAUGCUCUCAUCUGAAAUGACCUUAUUUUCUUGUGUUUUGGUGUAUUGUGAUAUAUAAAUGUCGUUUCUACUGUGAUUAAUAAAGUUCUAAAUUUAAUAUA